AGCCGAGGGUUGAGGGUACUGAGCCAGCGCACUGCCUUGUCACCUCUGCCCCCCCUCCCCGACCCACCCAAAGACACCUGCACCCUCCAUGCGGAGCCAAGAUGGGGAACGGAACGGAGGAAGAUUAUAACUUUGUCUUCAAAGUGGUGCUGAUCGGCGAGUCAGGCGUGGGGAAGACCAACCUGCUGUCCCGAUUCACGCGCAACGAGUUCAGCCACGACAGCCGCACCACCAUCGGGGUCGAGUUCUCCACCCGCACCGUGCUGCUGGGCACCGCAGCUGUCAAGGCGCAGAUCUGGGACACAGCUGGCCUGGAGCGGUACCGAGCCAUCACCUCGGCGUACUACCGUGGCGCGGUGGGGGCCCUCCUUGUGUUCGACCUAACCAAGCACCAGACCUACGCCGUGGUGGAGCGCUGGCUGAAGGAAUUGUAUGACCACGCAGAGGCCACCAUCGUCGUCAUGCUUGUGGGAAACAAGAGUGACCUCAGCCAGGCCCGCGAGGUGCCCACGGAGGAGGCCCGAAUGUUUGCCGAAAACAAUGGGCUGCUAUUCCUGGAGACCUCCGCCCUGGACUCCACCAACGUGGAGCUGGCCUUUGAGACCGUUCUCAAAGAGAUCUUUGCGAAGGUGUCCAAGCAGAACCAGAACAGCCCCCGGAGCAAUGCCAUCGCCCUGGGCAGUGCCCAGGCUGGGCAGGAGCCCGGCCCUGGGCAGAAGAGGGCCUGCUGCAUCAACCUCUGACUUUGGCUUCUCCCCACCCCCACCCCAGCUCAGUUCGGGGACUUUUCUCUGCCCUUCGGUUCUAGAAGUCAGGGUGUCUGGUUCCCAACUCACUAUCCCCAGAGCCCUGAGGUCUCUACGCACCUCCACACAGGUCCCUGUGAUCUGCUACCCCCGUGCACCCUAGGGCCCAAUAAAGCCGUUUUGUAUCAA